GCAGAUUUUGUCAGCCAUAUGGACGUCGGGCGAUCGAAGCGGGAUGGUGUCGUGCGCCUGAGCCUCUCGCCGCACCUCGCGCUCGGGCCUAGCCUCACGCAAGUCUUGGGAGCGAUGGCAGCAACGUCGCGCCUCGAGACGCUGCCGGGUGUCGACGUCUCUAUGGCGCGCUGCGCCUUUGGCCUCGACGUCUACGAUCGCCUGCUGCCGCACGUCGCCACAACGUUUGCCCACGCAGCGUACGUGCACAUUGACCUAAGCCAUGCGUUGCUGCCAUCGGAUGGCCUUGUCUACCUUGUGAAGCAUCUUUUGGCGGUUCAUUUUCGCAUGGAUGGCUGCCGCUUGCGACUGACGCUCACGGGCCUCCGGCUAACGCUGGCCGAUGUGGAGGCACUGCGCCAUCUCGCGCCAGUCCUCGACGGUCUGUGUCUGCGCGAAAGCAUCGCGUCCGCCAGCGUCGCUCGUGCCUUUGUCGACAGCCUCGGCGCCUUCUCCGAACUGGUCGUGCUCGACUUGACCAAGAUCUUUUUUGCGCGCCGGGACGCCCACCUCUUCCAGCGGUUCCUCGCGCAUGUGACGACGCCGACGCCGCAAACACCGUGCGUCUGGCCUUUCCUCGCGUCCCUCGUCCUCGACCACAACGCAUUCCCAGUCGACGAUGUAGUCGCUCUCCUCUCGGCGCUCAUGUACUCGACGUCGCUGACGCACCUCUCGCUUGCCUACUCGCUGCCGUCAGUGGACACGAUCGUCGGCGGCUGGCUGCUUCGCACCAUCUUGCGCAACCCGGCGUCCUCUCUCCGGUCGCUCAACUUGGCAGGUCUCUCGCUCCAGCACGACAUUGCUUCGACGUUGGCCAAUGCUCGGCCCGACCAGCUCUUGCUCCUGGCGUCGCCGUCUCUGGUGACAGCAGACAUCCCCGACGGCGCGUUCGUGGCCUUGCCGCACAGCACGGUGGUGCAGGCGUCCACAACGUCGUCGGCGCCGCUGUCUCUGAGGGUGCGUCCGUCGAUCGUUCAAGUCGUCGGGUCGACACCGACGUUCACUGCCGUGCUCCUGCCCGGCCACGGUAUCGGGUUCAUUGACCGCGACGCUGUGGGCGAGGCACUGACUAUGAGAGAAACUUCCACCACGGCGUGUCUGAGCGAGCUCGUGCUGGACGACCUGAAGCCGCUUGGCAUCUUGCCUCCACUCUUGCACCUCUUCCGGGUACCGACAGAGUUGAGGUCGCUGCGACUGCGCCGAUAUCAGGCAACGACCACCGAAAUCGAAGCCCUCGUCGAGACUUGCAGCGGGCUGCGUGCGCUCGACCUCAAAGCGUGCCGUCUGAACGACGUGACCGUGCUCCUCCCCGCCUUGCAGCACCUCGAACAGCUGAAUUUGUACAAAAAUCUGAUCGGCGCCGUCGGCGCCAUGCGCCUCGCACGGGCAUUGGAGACCGCACGUGUGCUUCGAUCGCUCAACGUGUCGUGCAACCUCAUUGGAGAGCUUGGUCUCGCGGCUUUGGCUAUGGCCCUCGAGACCAACCGGACGCUUGAGCACAUCACGCUCGAUGAUCUAUCACUUCAGGCACGGUUUGGCAACGUGCUGUUGCGCGUCGAGCCAUUGCGUAUGGAGGCCAAGUGGGCGUGUGUCCAAGCUCUGACGUGGCGCCACCAGCGCAGUGCGACGAGCACCCGCGCCGUGACCAUCUACAGCCAACUGCUCGACCCGACGCUCAUGCAGCACAUCUUUGCCUUUGCCGGCCGCGCGAUUUGUCGCACGAUAUGUGAACGACCUUGAUGCGCGAGGCAAGGACGCAAACCUACCCCUAGUAUCUCGGUGACGGUGGAGCUAAGCUACACUUGUUGACUGCUGUACGAGUACCAUUUUUCUAUGAAAAGAACGCCACUGUGUCGUGGGCACGCGUGGCAAGAGAAAGUAUGUACAAUAUUGUCUCGAUUUGUUGAAGGGUAUCGGCUUGUUCACGCGCCCCGAG